AUGCUAGGUCCGUUCAGUUACGUAUCCAUCGUGACGUUGAAAUAUUUCUUCCUGGUGAUUCAUCAUAAGAGCAUCCAGCAAUGCAUUUGCAAUUUGAGUACUGAUUGGCGUACAGUCCAGCAAGAGAAACACCGAAAAAUUAUGAUUAAAAACGUAUCAAGAAGCCAUUUAUUAUCCAAGUUCAGUGUAAUAUUCAUGUAUUGCGGAGGCUUGUGGUUUCACGUCGUAAUGCCGUUUUUAUCGCAUUAUACUAUCAACGAGCACAAUGUCACUAUCAAACCAAUGCCUUUUGCUGGCUUCGAUAAUAUUUUCAACUUCCAUUUUAUGCCAGUUUAUGUGUUUGUCUUAUGCGCGCAAUGGUGCUCCGGUAUCGUACUGUUCAACGUCACUACAGCAGUAUGUUGCUUAGCAGCUAUGUUCGUAACUCACGUUUGUGGUCAAAUCGAGAUCGUAAUGGAUCGCGUAGAAAACAUUAUAAAAGAUGCACAACACAAUCAUAUGAAGCAAUAUAUGGCAAUUAUUGUAAAACACCACGUGCAGACAUUGAGGUAA